CUUCAGCACCGUCAUGUAAGCUCCCGACUAAGCUGUUUUAUUACGAAGAGAAAUUCCUCAUGUGUGAAUAACGGGCGAAAGAAGAAAAAGAAUUUCGACAUUAUCAUGUCCUUACAAAACUUUCAAUGUUUUUCCGUUAAUUGGCGUUUUCCCGCCGGUAACCAUGGCGACGCGAGGUCGAUUUGCGCAGCACUUUUCCAUGCCUCGCUUUCCCAGAUGAUCUCUCGGCACACUUUUAAAACCGUACACGGAGAUAGCGCGUUGUUUUGUCCGAAUUUUGUUCCUCGGUGUGAUCCCAACAAACGUGAAUUUGAGCCGCACUUUUCUACUAUUUUCUUUUUUUUUUACAAUGACUAUUUAUCGCGAUUUUUCGGUGGUGACAGUGAUACAUUCUAAGUGAGGAAUCUCUAUAUUUUCUUCAUGAGUUUUAUAUUGUCAAAUUUUCUUGAGCUCCACUUGUCAACUCUGAAAUAAUGACGGAAUGAAUGAAACUUUCAUCUUCCUUCUGCUCAUUUUACUAACUGCUCACGCCAAAAACCCACCGUCUCACCAUGAGUUUUGCCAGAGCCGAGUUCUUUCUCACCCAACCAUUCCAACCCGACUGAACAUAGACGUGGAACGACUCGUCGAACAUGUAAAUAAAAAACUAGAAGAAAAACUGGAAAAUUUCUCGCUAGUAUCCAGAGAUAUCCUCCAACAUUCGGGAAUCUUAGGAGUUGCGUUUACUUCAAAAGGCCAUCAUCUUCUAGGGUUAAACGUUUCGAAGAGACUGAAAAUUUUUCCAAAUCGAACCACCGAAACGGAGAUAUUUUGGAACGCCUUGAAUGGUACUAAAAGUGGUUGGAGUAGAGCUUUUAAAGACUGCGAUUUUCUUCAUACUUGGGUUUAUUCGUAUGUUACUAGUUCCUUAGAAUCUACAGUUGGGAUAUUCGUACAGAUUAUUUUGAAUCAGUGUGAUGAAGAGCUUGCAGAAAUAUUUAAUGGAACCCAUAAUUGUCAUCAAGAAAGUACUGAGUGUGUCAAGGAGGAACCGGCGAUGGAGAAACGGGGAAAUUAUCGAUGUAUAUGUCGAAAAGGAUUUUACCGGCACAACGUAAAUUCAAACUUGUCUUGGAGCGUUGUUGGAGACACGGAGAUGGAAGGGAUCGAUAUGAUUCGGUGUUUGCGUUGCCCAGACGAUUGUGAAUUCUGCGACCCACUUACAGGCAUCUGUCCAGCUCGACAGGACGUCUAUCUGAAAACGGCCAUCCUGUGUAUACAACUUUUCUGCAUGGCAGUAACCGUCCUUCUGGCCUUAAUUGUCUUCAAACAACGUAAAACCAAGGCUAUCGCUGCUGGCAUGUGGAAAAUUCUGGAAACGAUUCUCGUGGGUGUUUUCAUUUUAUAUUCAACGGCGGUGGUAAAAUCAUUUGAACCAUCAGUAGUACAAUGCUUGUUAGAUCCAUGGUUUCGAGAAGUCGGCUUCAUAAUCUGCUACGGCGCCAUUAUUUUGAAGCUUUACAGACAUCUUAUAGAGUUUCGAACGAGGAAAGCCCAUAGAUGGGUGGUCAAGGAUACAGAUCUUCUUAAGUAUCUGCUUAUCAUGACCAUGUCGGUGCUGGCCUAUAUGGCAGCGUACACUUCCAUAACUCUCAACUUCAUUCAAGAAAAUUACAGCCUUCUCUAUCUCGGCCGGACCCUGGACGGGGAACGUUAUUACGCUUGUAAGUCGCUCUGGUGGGACUACGUAACGGAGACCGGGGAACUCGUUAUAUUAAUAUUCGGGAUCCAUCUCAGCUACGCCAGUAGGAAUGCCAGGACGCAGUUUCACGAGAGAACUUUCCUAUGCGUAGCAAUAAGCUUAGAGCUAGCAACCAGUGCACUGUUCUACGCAGCACGUGUCCUAUUCUUUCCUGGUCUUCAUCCAGAUCUAAUAUUAAUAAUUUACUGUAUUAGAACCCAGAUGUCACAAACUAUGGCAUUGUUGUUGAUUUUUGUACCGAAAUUUUGGUACCAGCAGAAACAAGUUAGAAAUCUGGCUCAAGAGUACUCCUGUAGAAUACCUGUAGAUGCUUUUAAGGAUGUAAACGCACACGGGCCGCUGACAGGGAACAAUAGCGAUGUUGAAGUGGGCGAAGUAACUUUGGCCGAUAUGAGUCCCGACGACAUAAGGGCCGAAUUGAAAAGACUUUAUCUCCAACUGGAAAUUUUCAAGAGUAAAACCAUAUGCAGAGAUAAUCCCCACAUAUCAAAAAGACGCGGCGGCAGAAAGGCGCAGCAUCGCAGGUUUAGUCUACAGAAUCUACAUGGGAAGCAUAAAGACAGAGAUCGAUACAAACAUCAGCAAGAAGAAGUUACAGAAGCAGAAGCUUCUAGAACUCCAGAGGAUUCUGUAUGUAGUAAUGAAGGCCCAAGUGCAAUAUAUGCGGAUUUACCCUCAAUAACCCAAAGUGAUAACAAAUAAUGUUCUAAAAAAAUAUACUAUUAUCCCUCUAUCCCCUGCCAAAUUAUCCAUUCUCAUUUUUUUUAAAUGCAUUAAAAAAUAUUUGUAAAAUUGAAAAUAGAAAUAUUACAUGAAUUUAAAUUAAGAACAAUUAUUUAUUUAUCGUUCUAUUUUAAAUUAUUAUGUUCUUUUCGUAAACUAGGUACACAAUACCUAAUUAAUUAAUUGAAACUUAAAAGUUUCUUGAAAUAUUUUGAAGAUAAUUGAUGAAUAAAUCUACUGCACUGUUAAUGCAUGUGGAAUUUGUAAAAUUAUAAGUGAAAAUUAAAAGUACCAAUAAAACAAGAAUUUAUUUGACUAAGAAGCAAAUUGUUUUAAAAGAGUAGGAGUAGUUGAAUUAAAAAAGAAAGCAAGCUUUAUGUGAUAAAUACUGCAGAAAAAGGCAGUUUUUUGUGCAGAAUUAAGUAUGUGUAAAUAGAUGUCACAAACAAAUGGUUAUUUUAUUUAAAUAGCUUUAUCCUAAUUAUUUACUAAUAAAAAAUGAACAAAAUAUUGGUCUAUAUAUAUUUACUUUAUUUUCUAUACAGAGUAUAGAUAGUUCCAAUACAGUUAAAUAGGAAAAGGACAUUUUAUAAAACUACAUUACUGAUGUUUUGAAGAUAAAGCUAUCGGGUGCGGUAUUCAAGAUAUUUAAGGAAAUCUGACGGAUCGAUUGUCUUUCUUAUCUGUGAUGUCUUUAUUAUUAAAAACAUUAAAAGUAUAAUGUGUAUAUGUUCCUGUAAGUACAUUGAAUAACAUUUUUUGAUAUUUGAUAUUAGAUAUUAUGAUAUUUUAAGCUUUAGACCAUGCACAACUUUUUUGAAAAUUAUUUUCACUGAUGCAUAUCUACAUAAAGUAUUUCAUCCAGGGAAGUUAGAAAAAAUAGCGGAAAUUUUUAGGGACAGCAGAUAUCGAGAUGCGGUUUUCUGCACUGUGUUUAAAAAGAUCACAGGAAAAAAGUCUAUAUCGUCUGGUUUAGCCAUUUUUUGAAAAAUGCCGUUUGGGCCGGAAAAUGCAUUUUCCAAUUGCAUCAUUACUUGCACCAUUAUAGGAACGACUGGAA